GAAAAAAAAUGCUAAUGCAAAUUUACGCAAAACUGCGUGACACCGUGCAGAAGCAGUUCACCCCGAUGUGUACCCCCUACCUUUGACCGUGAAUGAAUGUAUUAUUUGUGGAGAACUACGCUAUGAAGAGUUGUAUGGGCUCUUUUGGCGGAUGGCAUGCGGGAAACUGCUACAUUAAGCGGCACAGAGAUGGCAGCCCGAUCGCUAUUAGCACUGCAGUUGCUACUAGUUCUGCAGCUUCAUCUUGCCUGGGGACAAUACUUCGGCCAGCAGCUUAAGGGUGUGCUUCAAUGGAAGGCAGCCGACUUUGCCUUUCCUACGCCACAGGAGCGUCAAGAGGCACUGGCAUCAGGACGAUACGUUCCAGAGAACUGCAUACCGCUCGACAUGGAUGUAGAUUAUUCUAAUCCCGCUCGAUCGCGUUUGUUUGUGACCAUUCCGCGAUUUGUAGAGGGCAUCCCGUACACACUUGGGCGUGUGAGCCGCGUUCAAGGUCCUUCUGGUCCGCUGAUUGAGCCCUUUCCCAACGCAGCAAUACAGGCAAGACCUGAGACCAACAACUGCCAAGGAAUUGUGUCCGUGUUCCGUAUUAAGAUCGACGAAUGUAACCGUAUGUGGGUGCUCGAUACGGGAAAGAUUGGCGAAAAACGCAUCUGUCUGCCGCAGCUGGUAGUGAUUGACAUGAAGACGGAAAUCAUCCAUCGCUAUCAAAUACCGGCCGAUCAGCUCGUGUGUGAACUGUCGCUGUUGGUAAACUUGCUUGUAGACGUACAGGACCCAUCACCGCUUGGAUCGUGCAAGAAUACGAAAGUAUACAUGGCGGAUGUCACUGCCCCGGCGAUGAUCGUGUACGAUAUGCCACGAGGCAAAUCAUGGCGCAUAACGAACAAACAAAUGCAUCCCAACCCAGACCACGGUACCUUCACCAUCUCCAACGAGAGCUUCGAUCUGAUGGACGGCAUGGUGGCAAUGGCAUUGUCUCCGCGCAUACCAACGGACAAUGUGGUAUUUCAAUCAAACUACGGUACAAACUGGCGCCCGUCCAAUGACCGAUUGCUAUACUUCCAUGCGCUGGCAUCAGUGACAGAGAAUGCAGUGCGCACCUCCGUGCUGCACAAUGACACCAUUUGGGAGGAAGACGUCGAAGCAAUGCCACGAGCCUUCCGCCCAAUUGGCGUACGCCCGUCGCAGGCGGUAGCAGAGGCCAUGGACAGCAAUGGAAAUUUAUUCUUUGGAUUGGUUGGUCAGAAUGCGAUCGCGUGCUGGGACUCGACAACGCCUUACAAUCCGGCCAACAUGCGUAUUGUGUCACAAAACAGUGAAACAUUACAGUUUCCUAGCGGAGUAAAGAUCAUACGAAACCGCAAGGGAGCCGAGGAGCUGUGGGUGUUAACGUGCCGUUUCCAAAAGGUUAUGACGGGAUCGUUGAACACGAACGAGACCAACUUCAGAAUACAGGCCAUACAGAUUCCGGAGAUUCUUGGAUACAAAAGCUCGUGCAGAGUGUAA